AUGUCAUUCGCCAAAAGUUAUUAUGCUGAGCAAAAACCAGUGGAGGAGCGUGGAGAAUUUGCAAGCGCUGCCGCCAUCCCAGCGACUACUCCGGUUGCCGAUGAGCCACUUUCUCCAGCUCAAAUUCAAGAAGCCAUCCGUCUGUAUCGCUCGGUUAUUUCGAAUUCGACUCCCUCGUCCCCAGCUCGUCCCUCGCGUGCAUCCGUUGAGCGAAAAACCGUCCACUCGAACUACUAUGGCGGUGGUCCGCAAGAUGUCCCACAAUCAUACAUGGUUGAUUACCGUGUAAAUCAGAAUAUUGCUCGCACUCCGAUUCAGGAGCAGCCCAAACCAGCUUUCAAUGAAAAACAAUUGAUCUCGCAGCUACAAAACUUGGCUGUUCAACAGGAUAGCAUUCCUCAGCCGGUUGUCGCUCAGCCCACCAAUCAACUUCCUCAAGUUACGGUCAUUUCGAAAAAACCGAUUGCUGCCAGAAAAAUGUAUGAGGAUGAUGAAUCUGGAUACUGUUUCAAUAAAACUAAGAAUGGGGAAAACGAGUAUGAAGAAGAACAGCAACCGCAAGCUGUUACUCCAAAAGUUGAGCACUACUACCAGCAACCGACGGUGCCAGUGGCCAACUACACCCAAAAUUUUCAAUCGUCGCCGCAGCGUUAUUCUAAAACUGCGCCAUCGGAAUAUUUGGGGAUGUCGAAUGAAAAUCGCUUCAUCUAUGAUGGGCAGAGCACCCUACCGGCUUAUAACACCAAUAAUUACACUUUGGUCAAUGCGCAGCCACAAGUCGUGCAGCAGGCUCCGGUUGAGACGGAGGAACAUGGAGUAACUACGACCGAGGAUGAAACUCAACGACCUGUCGAAUCGCCGGUUGGACAAUCGAGAUUCCGAGGAUUGAUCAAGAACGCCGGCAUUACUCAGUGCGAACAAACCGCUCCAAUCGUCGUCGAGCGUGUUGCCGAUCAACCCUACAUUGCCCAUCAAUACCAAUACGACGCGUUCCACCCAGUUCUCAACGUUCCCACUGAAUCCGAAUACCAGCUCCCGGUUCUCAAUGAUUUGGCGUCUUGCAUUGAAAACUACUAG